UCUCUGUGCUAGUGAAGGGUUAAUACACACUGUGCUGCUCUCUGUGCUAGUGAAGGGUUAAUACACACUGUGCAGCUCUCUGUGCUAGUGAAGGGUUAAUACACACUGUGCUGCUCUCUGUGCUAGUGAAGAGUUAAUACACCCUGUGCAGCUCUCUGUGCUAGUGAAGGGUUAAUACACACUGUGCAGCCUGCCCCCUAUGAUGUCACCUAUGACGUACAGGAGGGCUGGCUGCAACUGUUCAUUGUGCGCGGGCUUCUGUAAGGAAAGAAGAAGGAGGAGGGGUUGUAUAGAGGCUGUGCAGGAGCUGCGCUAUGGAGGAAUUUGACGGUUUGCUCUGAUGUCAGCAGUCACAGCUGUUACACAGAUACGGCCAGAGCACUAAGCAAUAUCAGGCAUUGAAGUAACUGGAGUGAAUAAGGGAACCUUCUUCCUGAGCCCAGACAUUAGAGCCUGAACUCAUAUGUAUUAGACAAACCGUUGAAUAGUUCAUCUCCAUCCUUCACUACAGGAAGCACCAGAAUAAUACCACAACAUUUUAGAUACUAAAGACUAUUCACAAACAUUGGGGAAAUCGCAGCAGUUUUUUAAAGGAGAAGGUGAAUUGGCAGGAACUAGACAACAAUCAUUAUGUACAUAGAGUAAUUUAGUCAUCAAACAAGAGAACAAGAUUUAUGCCUUAACUAAUGACAUAAUUAUCCCUGAGGAUUAACCACACACAUUUACUGAGUUUUCAAAACAUUUUAAUAAAGGGAAAAGUCUACAGUCUAGCCCAAUGGUUUAUAAAAAGAAAAAACCUUUCAAAUGUACAGAAUGUGAGAAAAGCUUUAGAUGGAAGUGUCAUCUACUAGAACACCACAAAAUUCACACAGGUGAGAAGCCACACACAUGUACUGAGUGUGGCAAAUGUUUUAUACAAAUGUCAAAACUUAUAGCUCAUGAAAGGACCCACACUGGGGAGAAACCAUUCAGUUGUACAGAGUGUGGAGUACAGUUUGCACAAAGAUCCAGUCUCUUUACCCACAAGAGGAUUCAUACAGGAGAAAAACCUUUCAUAUGUACAGAAUGUGGGAAAAGUUUUUCAAGCAAGUCAGCUUUACGAGCCCACCAUCAUAUUCACACAGGAGAGAAACCAUUUACAUGUGCAGCAUGUGGGAAAUGUUUCACAAAGAAGUUUGAUCUCAUAUCACAUGAAAGGACUCACACAGGGGAGAAACCAUUCAAAUGUGCUCAAUGUGGAAAACACUUUGCAAAAAAGAGUAACAUGAAAACUCAUGAAAGGAUUCACACAGGAGAAAGGCCUUUCAUAUGCGCAGAGUGUGGCAAAUGCUUCACACAGAAAAAUGAUCUCAGAACACAUGAAAGAAUCCACACAGGAGAGAAACCAUACACUUGUACUGAAUGUGGAGAAAGUUUCACAGUAAAACAAAGACUCCAAAUACAUUUAAAAACUCACACAGGGUAAAAGUCUUUAACAUGUAUGGAGUGUUGAAAACGUUUUAGAGAAAAUAGUAAUAUGAAAACUCAUGAAAGAAUACACAAGAGAAUAAAACUUGGACAGGUUUAGAAAGUGGGAAAAGGUUUCCAUGCAAGUCACGUAUCAAAAAACACCAAAUAUUUACACACAAAUAAACUUUAUAUACACAGUGUGGAAACCUUUAUAAAAUUACCCUAAAGAUGACAAACUCUAUAAAUAAAAGAGUAAAAAAGGAUGUUAUUGUAAAUAAUACUUACUAAAUCCCAGUUACAAAAUCUCACUAUUGAAAGUGCUCUCCUGCUGUAAUUUGUUAUGAGAAUCCAAACUCCACACAGGAAUAUACAAAUCCAUUCCCAAAAUUGACCAGUUUAUACAACCACUCACUAGCCAAAGCACCUCUAGUGUUGUUUAUUAAUAUGCCAGUGUCAGGAGUUGUACAUAGAAAAUUAUAUAAACAAGAACAUUAGUCUCAAAUGAUUAACAUCUGGGAGAUAUAUUUAAUGUGUACAUCAUGUGGAUAAACCUUUUCUUAUAGCAAUAGAUGCUUAGCAUUGUACAUGUUAUAUACCAGAUGAAUUACUGAGGGGAAACUGAUUUUAUUUAAUGAGACACAAUAUCCAGUACAUACGUGAUCAUAGUCAGUUUAAUUUAAAUGGUUACAAUAACAGUAACCUACAUGUAUACUGGGUAUGACAUAUUUGUCAGAUUAUCAGUAUAGACUCUGAAAAAAAAAAUCUCACAGUUGUAGAUGGCUGGACAGCUCUUAUUACUUUAUGGCACACAAUGCGUUAAAAUAUAACAAAACCUUUAUUUGUUGGUGUAUAAAAACUGGGAAAAAUUAAAAACAAAUGUUAUACCAAUUAGGAAUUAAUUUGUCUAUUCAUAAAUACAGGUCCUAAAGACACAAAUGUGUAAUUAGAUGGUGAGACCAGGGAUGAUAUCCCACAUAAGUAAAUCAAUAUUGAGCUCCUGGCCAGUAAAGAUAGCCUAAUACGAAGUAUCUUGAACUAAGGCAAUAAAUCCAAAUAAUCAUAAGAUCACAUUAGUAUGAAGCAGUUUAUUUACAACCAGUGAAUCCUCCUUUAUAAAUCAGAAGGGAUUAAUUACUGGCACAUAAAUGUGAGCAUAUGACACAGCAACAAUGUUAAUAUAGUUAAAGUACGUGCACAUUUGCAUGAAUCGUUCUUACUCAAAUCGUACCAUAUUGAGAUGAAUUACUUGCAAUAUAUUGUAAAAUCAGCGCACAAUAUGGAAUAUAUAUUGGUCUAGUAUCAGAUUGUGGAAAACUAGGAUAAUGCUCGUGAGUAAAAAGGGACUGAAAAUAAUCUAGCGCUAAUUAUUAUCCUCCUAGAGGUACUGGUUAAUAUAGCCAGUUACUGUGUUGUUGAGAUGUCAUAUAGAGUGUACUGUGUUAUUACAAAAAAAAAACACUCCGCAGACAGCAUGUGUUUUUGAGUGCUAUAUUAAAUAAGUGCAGCGAUACUGUCACUUGACAUUAAACCAGCGUGUAUCUCAUCCGGUUCAUGCAAGUAUGUUCUUUUAGGAGCUCAGUAAUAAAUUGUGGCAAUCAAGCCGUAUAAUAAUAGGUGUAACAUGUUAAAAUCAGGACCCCAUUAGUCCCCUCUCCCCCAACGCGUUUCACUGUUAUUGCUUUAUACAUAUGUAUGUAAUGUUCUGUAACGUGUUAUGUUUUUAUAAAGGGGACAUUAUAUAUCUUAUGAAUCCUUUUUUAUAAAGAGAACAGGUGUUAGGUUUAUUUAUACCAUUGUGUGCAUAUAUCAUGUAAUUCUCCUUUUGACUAUCUGAUAUACAAUGUUUUUUCAUGCAAAUAAAAAAUUAUUGGAAUCCA